UAGGUUGCAUCAAGCCUGCAUUACUGAGGUCCAUAGAAAUCUUGACAGUUUCACAGGUGAGAGAGACGUCGUGGGUUAAGCUGCUAGCUCCAGGAUUGUUUUACUUUCUCUUUCAGUUCCCCGGUCCUACCAUACGCUUCGAGUCUGGGGUUGCCACAGUCAAAAAACACGAACUCCAAGUCCAAUCACCACGGCACCAUGAGCAAAAAGAAAAAGGACUGGAAGACAGAGAAAGGCAGAGUGUUGAAUAUGUCAUCGGAGGAGAGGCGUAAGGAGUACCGUCGGUCUGAAUACGUACCUCUGGACCAAAUCAACACCUGGAAACAGUCUCAGAGCACAGAAGUGACUGAGGAAGAGGAGGGGAAGGACCUUCUGAGAGACAAAGUAUCUCUCUACAAGGGUGACAUCACCAUCCUCGAGGUUGAUGCCAUAGUUAACGCAGCUAACUCCAGUCUUCUGGGAGGCGGUGGAGUUGACGGCUGCAUACAUAAAGCGGCAGGCUCCUGUCUAUAUGAAGAAUGCAUCACACUCAACGGCUGUGAAACCGGCAACGCCAAGAUCACCUGUGGCUACGACCUACCGGCUAGAUAUGUGAUCCACACUGUGGGGCCUGUGGCCAGAGGGCAUGUGGGUGAAACAGAGACCAAGGACCUGACAGCCUGCUACCAGAACUCACUGGAGCUGGUCAAGGGGUUCGGACUGCGCUCUGUGGCCUUCCCAUGUAUAUCCACAGGAAUCUACGGUUUCCCCAACGAGCCUGCGGCAAAUAUUGCCUUGGAGACAGUAAAGAGCUGGGUCAAGGAGAACCAUGACAAGAUCGAACGUGUUAUCUUCUGUGUCUUCCUGGAGGCGGACUACAGGAUCUACAAGGAAAAAAUCCCUCAAGUCUUCCAAGAUAACGAUGUGACUACAGACGAGGACACUGAGGAUGGACAGAAGACAGGAGCAGGCAGGUCCCCUUCUAAGGAAUCCAGAAGCAAGAAUCAGAGUGAAGUACAAGACAGCCAUGAUAACGAUGAGCUAGAUCCAUCUAAAGAAGACACUGACAACCAGACAGCCAUGGAGCAAGGUUACCUGGACCCACAGACAGAUGCCACUCCGGCGGGAGAAAUCAAUAGGAGAUUAUUACAGCCAAUCACAACACUGGCGGACUCUGACAGCCAAGUCCUUCCUGAUGCUUCAGAGGACGAGAUAGUGGAAAAGAAAGAACAGGAUCCUACCACAGGAGAAGCAGAAGAAAAGAAAGCUGAAGACAAGAGAGAAAAUAAAGAAAUGGAGAAGGUAGCAAAAUUAGAGGAUGCUACUGAGAACAAAAAAUCUAAGGACACUGUACCAUCAACACUGGAUUAUAUGGAUGACUGUAUGAAUGUUGAUGUUCUCUCUAAUGCAGAACCUGAAGAGAUGGAUAUGGAGAAAGAGAUGGAUACGGAGAAAGGGAUGGAUAUGGAGAAAGAGAUGGAUAUGGAGAAAGAG